UCGACAAAAUAUUAUGGAAAGAUUGGGCCCGCAAAUGCGCAUUGUCCUCUCUGUAGAUUUCAACAUUGGGUUUGCAUAGAAACUCACGUGUUACAUUGUUGGCUGCUGAAUAGCACAACUGUUUGCGGCUGUGUCAGGAAGUGGAGUGAGAUGUCCGCGUGGAUUCAAACAACUAAUGAUUUCAUCUUAUUGGGCGUUGAGAACAAACUAUGGCUUGUAAAGAAUAUAUCUACAUGCAUGUCUUCCAAACUUUUAACUGCGGGAGAACACGAUAUCGAUCAAAACGAUGGGUCCUCAUGUAUCACGGAGCUUGCAUUGCCUUUUUCAAAGUCCAGCCCGGCGUCUCAACAUAUAAGAAACGAGAAUAGAACAGAAAAUUCAAAAACUGAUAAUACCGUAGGACAGGGGGAAACGCGUGAAGUGGCCUAUCCUCAGACGCCGACGGAAACAAUGGGUAUCGACGACGGAUUAGGCCAGGCGGUAGAGGAGAGUGGAAAACAAACUAAGCCAGCCCAUUUAACAAGUGUGCACAUGCCAGUCUGUCAAAGCUAUGUGUUGGCAUGUACAUCUGAUAAGAGACUCCUCGUUUGGGCUCAGAAAGACCGAUGUGGCAGUUUCCCGACGAGCAAUCAGUGGGAACUUCACUCAGAACGAAAAACUCCUCGGAAAUGUGUGCAGGUUCGACUAACGGGACAAGUACCACCUAUGAUUCUCGUUGCCGACAGAGCUGGAGACGUAUAUGAGUUUUCCCUCGACGACUCGAAGGCGCCUCCGAAUCUGCUCAUGGGACGAAUGUCAAUGUUGCUUGACAUGGCUCUCAGUCCAUCGGACGAUUUCCUUGUCGUGUGCGACCGUGACGAAAAAAUUGUGGUUUCCCAUUAUCCGGAGGCGUAUAAUAUCAUAGCAUUUUGCCUUGGACAUCGUCGGUUUGUAACUUCCAUCGAACUGCUACCAAAUCAUCCGAACCGGCUGGUAUCAGUUAGUGGGGAUGGCCUCCUUAUUUUAUGGAAUCUUGAAGCUGGUGGAGUUCAGUUGGCAUCCGCCAAUUGUUGGGCUGAGGCUCAGACUGUUGAUCAAUUGCUACCCUUCGAACAGUUUCACUCACGUAAAGAUGACCAAGACGUCCGACCUCCGCUAAAGAAGGUAUUGUGCCAGAAAAACCUGGUGGCUGUUUUAUACUACCGUGUUCCGUACGUGCACAUAUUCCGGUGUGACGGUUCAUCGCUGGUCAGCUGCGGAGGCGUUGUCACUGAAGCAGCUGUAUGGAGUGCUGCCAUUGAUAAUUGCUUGAGGCUUUGGGUGCUGACACCAUCACUGUCUGUAUUUCAGUUGGAUCAAUCUGGCAAACACUACUCAGUUAAUCUCCCAUCAGGGCUUACUUUAAGUAUGCGUAAGGCGCUCAGUCCUCUUGAAGGUGUUACUGAAGUCGACCCCGAUCUGGAUGUUCUUUUCAAACAAUGGUUUGAUAACGUUGAGGAGUACUUCAAACGUAAAAGACGGCGUGAAGAAAUUCAAAGAAGAAACAACGUAAAAAGUACUACGGAAAAGAUCUAGCAACGAUAUUGAGACGCAUGCGUUAAUAAACCUGUGAAUGACAAAGAAUCGCAGAAAUGAUUUAAUGAAUAACUGCUAAGCGAACGAAGCAUACCAAACUUGCUGAUUCCAGAAAACCAACUAUUUUAUUUACAACCAAACUAUGUGUUUGCUCUGACAUUGUGAAUGUUUUUGGCACUAGAAUUGAAAGUACACGAUAAGAAGAGGCGUUGGAAAUGUCGUCCCGUUUAUCUUCUUCAUAGCAUACUUUUCUUAUUAAAGCGUAUUUUCGAUGGUGCUUGAGCAGAGCCCUCUCAGUCUAAAAAGUAGGUAUUAUUUGUAAAUACGGUCGUACCAUAAAAAUCUGUAAUCCAUAUGAAGGACUGUCAUAAAUGUGAAUCCAUAAUAAAAUAGCAUGUUACUGUUGAAG